AUCCCAUAAUAAUUACUAUAAUUUUUGUAAUUAUUAAUACUCCAUAUAUCAAUACUUGUGAUAUAAUACACAACUAAUAAACUAGAAUGGAGGGUUUUGGAAAAUAUUAUUUCAAAAUAAUAUUAUUUAUGUUAUUAAUAUUACACGUAUAUGUUCCUCAAACUCUAGCCCUUCAAAUUAAUUUUUACAGUAAAACAUGUCCGAACGCUGAAACUAUUGUUAGACAGAUCGUUCAACAGCGGUUCGCAGCUGAUAAGUCUGUCGCUGCGGCGUUGCUCCGUAUGCAUUUUCAUGAUUGUUUUGUUAGAGGUUGUGACGCAUCAAUAUUAAUAGAUACAACGAGCAACAAUCAAGCAGAAAAAGAUGCAGGAGCAAACGGAACUGUUAGAGAGUAUGAGCUAAUCGACCAAAUCAAAACUGCUCUUGAACGAGCAUGUCCACAAACAGUCUCUUGUGCGGACAUUAUAGCACUUGCUACUAGAGAUGCAGUCGCCCUAUCAGGUGGAACUAGGUAUAAUAUCCCAACGGGCAGGGUUGAUGGACUUAUAUCUCGGUCGAGUGAAGUUAACCUACCCGGCCCAACAUUCACUGUUGCUCAGGCCCGACAAGCAUUUAGUAACCGUGGUUUAAACCUAAAUGAUAUGGUGGUUCUAUUGGGUGCUCAUACAAUUGGAGUUGCCCAUUGCAAUUUCUUUCAAGAUAGGGUAACCAAUUUCCAAGGAACCGGGUCCCCAGACCCGACAAUGAGCCCGUCUCUAGCGAGUACCCUAAGAACAUUAUGCGGGUCCAACCAAAAUAAUCCAAGUACUUUCUUGGAUCAAAAUACUUCAUUUGUGUUUGAUAAUGAGUUUUACAAUCAAAUAAGAAAAAAUAGAGGGAUUUUGCAAAUUGAUCAAGAACUUGCAGUUGAUUCCUUGAGUUCUUCCACUGUUGCAAACCUUGCUGCAAAUAAUAAUCUUUUUAGACAAAGUUUUGCUAAUGCUAUGAUUAAAAUGGGGAAUAUUCAAGCUACAAGUGGAGAAAUUAGGAUUAAUUGUAGGAGAAAAAAUUAAUUAAUUUAAAAAUUAAUACUCAUAUUUAAUAUGUCCCGUUCAUAGAAGUUAUGACUUAAGAUCAAGAUUCGAAAGAGAGUUGAAAGAUGGAAGGUCAUAUCCUUAUUAAAAGAAGAUAAGGAGAGGGUCAAUCAUUGGAAUAAAAAAUUUGGUAUGCCUUUGUUUUCAUUGUUUAUUAUUGUUAAUUAUUGCCCAUGUUUGUUAAUUGUCCCUAUCCGAAUUGUGUAUUCAAGUUUUGUAUUACCAUCUUUGUUUGAAAUAAUUCUUGUACGUAAUUAAUUAUUUCAUUAUCUGUAAUUGUAAUUAAGAAGAUACGUACUGUAUUGUAAUCACGAGAUUGUUUGGUUUAUUCUUAUCUAAACUUGUGCGUUAUUUUUGUCGGAAGACAGCAAGAUUAUAGUGUAUUACAAGUUGUUUUUUUUAAUGGUGUGUUAUUUCCGAUAAAUUACUGAGAAUAAUCUAAUUUUUUCUGAUUGUCAUACAGUUCCCCUAACUUUUUAAUCAAUUAUGAAUUACACGAAUUAAGAAAGAUAUUUUUCUUAACAUCUAAACAGGUAAAUUAA